AUGAAAAAGAAAAACGUGUAUUUCUAUAUACCGAAUAUAAUUGGCUACAUUAGAGUGAUAUUAGCCCUGGGAGGAUUUAUUAUUUGUAGGAAGAGUCUCAUUCUGUUUGCUAUUUUUUACAGCAUUAGCCAAAUACUCGAUGCAUUCGAUGGAUGGACAGCAAGGAAGUUCAAUCAGACAUCCGUCUUUGGCCAAGUAUUAGAUCAAAUCACAGACAGAUUAUCAACAACUCUGCUAUAUCUCCUCAAUGGAAACGUUUAUGAUGAAUACAUUAUUGCGAUAGGACUAAUCAUGAUUGCAGAUAUAGGAGGGCACUAUUUUCAUUCAUCAUCAUGUGCCAUAGCAGGAAAUAAAACACACAAGAAAAUUGAAAAGGGGAAUAGGCUGCUAAAACUGUACUACGAGAGGCCAGUUGUUAUGGUAAUUUGUAUAAUAGCAUACGAAUCCUUCUGGUUUGCUGCUUACGUUUUUAAGGUUACUCCAAAAAAUGACCUUUUUCAUAAAAUUGGUUACUAUGCCCUGAUAAUCUCAUCCCCCUUGGCUGCAUUCAAAAUGUUCACGAACAUCUCUCAGGGAAUGCAUGGCGCAAAAUGCCUAGUAAAUAUGGAUAACAAACAAAAAUGA